CAUGGAGAGUGCGCCUGCGCAGACUUUGCAGGCGUGUCUUUGAUAAGCCCUGAGGGUCCUGAGAGCUAAAUCUUGGAAUCUCCAAAGGGAGGCCCAGAUGGGCUAGUUGGACUGCGGCCCCCCUGCCCUGCCCCACACACUCAUUUUUCAUAGUUUGGCCCCAGGACUAGAAUAGCUGCGGUCCCGAGAGUCCCCUUCAGACUCUGCAAACAGCUCUGAAUCCUUUUCCUAAAAGACACCCUUUGUCAGGAUCCUAGAUUGCACGUUAAGUCCUCUAUAGAUGGGUAGCUCUGUAUCAGCAUGGGACCUGAUUCAUCCUCGCUCGCCCAGAGUGGUAAGCCCCAGGAAGGCCUGGGAACAAACCAGUCCUGAAACGUGAACACCAUUCCCCAUUGCCCUCUCAGCAGUCGAGGUUAUGGGGACCUUGGGAGAUAAGCUUCCAGCCUGAGAAAACCAUGCCACUUGGAUGCCACGCCUUGUUAUAGGUAGACUUUUGUUGGUAGUGGCAGAGACCAGCACAAACCGGCUUCUGCAAAAUGGGAAUUGUUAGGUGAUACAGAGGGGAAAAGUCCAGAGGCCCCAGUGACAACAAGGUCAGUGUCAUCCAAAGCCUCUUUCUUGCUCCUUCACUUGAAUCUUAGUUCUGUCCACACAAAACAGAUCUCAUCUCAAAGGGGAUGAAAGACAUUUUGUUCUGAGCCAAGUAAGAGUGACCCUGGCUUGGGACACAGAGUCAGGUUGCCUUAAAUAACAUGUUCCAAAGUAGAAGUGCUUUCCUGAAGUUUGUAAGUAGCAACAAAAGUAAGGCAUACAUCAAGGCAUUUUCCAAAUAUAUUCCCGGGAACAUCACAUCAGUGGGUUACAGCAAAUUAGGAGAAAUCUCUGCUUGGGUCUGAGAUGCUAUUUGAUACAUUUUCGCUUUCCAGUUGGUGGAGCUGGGGAUCCGCUGAGUUAAUGAAUUGCAAAAGGUUUUACCUAAUAAUCACAAGGAUGUGAGGUCAGGCACAGUGAACAAUGAUUAUCAAGGAGACUAAAGAUAAGUCUGAGACAAGUUGACCCUGUACCUGUAACAUUUCAACUCUCCACAAUCAAGAAGUUCUAAUCACUCAUCAAUUAUAAACACAGUUGUAGCCUUCCCCCCCACCCCCCGGGGAACUUCAGUUUCACAUCUGUUUCCCUUUUAUGUCAUCGAGUUUUCAACAGGAGCUCCCAAAUUUGCUAUUUCAGAUUCUAGAUUUGAUAACUUGUCAUUGUUCCCACUGGGAAGAACACCCUCCCCUUUACCACUUCAUGCACGGCCUGGUCAUGUAAUCCAUCUUCAUCAAUCAAAUUUUUUUUUUGAGACAGGGGUCCCAAGGCUUCAAGCAGCCCAUUGCUGUCCUAGAACUCUCAAAGUAGCCAAGAAUGACCUCCUGCCUCUACCUGCCAAGUGCUAAGAUUACAGGUGCGUCCAGUGUUAUGCCAUGCUGGAGGUAGAAGCCAGGGCCUCAUGCCUGCAAGGCAAGCACUCUACCAGCUGAACCACAUCCCCAGCCUGGAGCACAGUUACUGCAAAAGGAAUCAGUACAGAAGACAGUCAGCUACCCACUCGAGGUGCUACUCCUGGGUACCAGCCAACAUGAUGGGACUCAGUACCAUUUGUUUUGCAAAUGUCUCCUAAGGUCAGAGGACUGUCAACAGCAGCUUCCAGAAAGUCAGGUUGAUGCUGUUUCUCUAGGGCCCGAAGGGCCAGCCAGGGCAGGCCACUCAAAACUCCAAGGAUGCUCUUGAGCUGCAGAGGCAAGAAGUCCUGGACUUCAGCCUCAUCUGAGCUAUUCAACUCAACCAUGCAAAAAAGACUAAAACGUGUUUCCAAGCCUGUGACAUGAUGUCAUUUCAAAGUUCACACCUGAGAACUGUGCAGUUGAGUAACAACAACAACAAAAUCACACACCAACUAAGUCUUGUAACAUUUUGAGCAAGUUCACAAUUUUGUGUUGGGCUGCAUGCAUUCUUAGCUAUUUCAGGGUGUGUGCAGACCACAGGGUAGACAUGGCUAGUGGGACAUCUGGUUCCAGUUGGCAAAAUCCAAGUAGAAGUUGCUUGUGACUUUAUGUGCCAGUGCCAUGUUAACAUAGGAGAGGAGGAAAUGCUGUGGGCUGCCAAGCUGGGCAUGGUCCAGCGCUAACCUGCACCACCAGCUGCGGCUUCCUGCUGCCAGUUCAGCUGCAGCUGCCCCUAUGGUCCCUGGCCCCUUGACUCUCUCCUGCUGCUCCAAGGCUGUGGAUCUGGUGAUACGGAUGUGAGGUUGGAACUAAGGAGACAGGCAAAGAACCUCAAUGAGGGCUAGCUGCAAACCCCUGGGCAUACCAUUGGGCAUCUCUGCCUCCCCUUCUCAAGGCUCUCAGCAUCUAUCCCCCCACCCCACCUGCGGAAGAGAUUGCCGAAGCCCAGCAGCCCUGGAUUCCAGUACUCUCUGCCUUACCUUAUAGAUCCUGGUAAGUCACAUGUCGCAAGUGUUCCCUCUUCCAAAGAAAGGAGACGUGUUUGGAAAAUACCAGUCACUCCCGUCCAAGUGCCAAAGCCAACUAGUAGGACAUCCGGCUGAAGGAGAACUAUGUUGCUCAGGACUCUGUCUGUGGCUCUAUCCAGAGGUCAGGAGUGCUGGGAUCAACUGGUGAUGUCUGCUUGACACUCAGGAUGGAGAAGGCAGACCAGGUGCCACAUUCCCAAGUCACAACCUACCUGCCACCAAGAACCAAAGAACCCUUGUGUCCCUGCCCAUGGGACACUCUGCCACUUGGAUUCCAUGAGAUGUCAUGAAGCAGAAGUUACCAAUGGGAAGUCUGAGGACUCUCCAAUAGGAACUUGAUCGGGGGACAAGUCACUUCCCCUAAAGGAUGGAAAACAGGAAAGGACUUGGAGUCCCAAGCAUGCCAGCGAGAAGCAGGUGAAUUUUAAGACGAGAGAUGUUCUAGGUGUCCAGAGCCUUUGAGGUGACCUCAAUACCCAGAGCCAUCAAAGAGCCAGCGGAUGCCUGUGUCCCCUUUCCUGUUGCACAGCAGCAGCCAUUGUCUAAGGCUGCCUCAUCUGUAGCAGGAGUCGGAGCAGAAAGGACCAGAUCCAGCCUCCAGCAUCUGUGUCCCAGAAGAUACAUGUGGGACAGGACCCCUGAAUCCCUCUGAUGAAGAUUAAGUCCAUGAGAGAAAACCUUCGGGAAAGCCACAUGCUGAAGGAUUACCUGGAGAAGUACCCUCGUAGCCGGGCUCACAUGCUUCUAGAGCAGCGCCGGAACCCAGCAGUAACUUAUGAGCCCAUGAGGAACUACCUAGACCUGGUCUACAUUGGCAUCAUCAGCAUUGGCACGCCCCCUCAGGAGUUCAAGGUCGUCUUGGAUACUGGUUCUGCCUACCUGUGGGUACCAUCCAUCUACUGCUCCAGCCCAGCCUGCGCUCACCACAAGGUCUUCAAUCCUCUGCGAUCUUCCACUUUCCUGGUCUCGGGCCGACCUGUGAACGUCGCCUAUGGUUCAGGAGAGAUGUCGGGAUUUCUUGCUUAUGACACUGUCAAGAUUGGAGACCUCAUGGUUGUGGCCCAGGCAUUUGGCCUGAGCCUGGAGGAACCAGGCACUUUCAUGGAAUAUGCGGUCUUUGAUGGUAUCCUGGGGCUGGGCUUCCCUGACCUUAGCCUUCAGGGAGUCCUGCCUGUCUUUGACAACAUCUGGAUGCAAGGCCUCAUUCCCCAGAAUCUCUUUGCCUUCUACUUGAGCAGCAAGGAUGAGAAGGGCAGCAUGCUGAUGCUAGGUGGAGUGGACCCCGCCUACUACAGUGGAGACCUCCACUGGGUGCCUGUGUCCAAGCCCAGCUACUGGCAGUUAGCUCUGGACAGCAUCUCCAUGAAUGGAGUAGUGAUUGCCUGUGAAGGUGGCUGCCAAGGUAUUAUGGACACAGGGACCUCCUUGCUGACUGGCCCCCGAAACUCGAUCCUUAAAAUUCAGAAUCUCAUUGGUGCCAAGGCCACUAGUGAUAAUGAGUACAUUCUCAAGUGUGACACCAUCAACACCCUACCUGAUAUUGUCUUCACCAUCAAUGGUGUUACCUACCCAGUGCCAGCCAGUGCCUACAUCCGGAAGGAGCAUUCACACAACUGCUAUAGCAACUUUGAAGAAGGCAUAGACGACUCUUCUUCGGACCCUGAGAUGUGGGUGCUGGGGGAUGUUUUCCUAAGGCUGUAUUUCACCGUGUUUGAUCGGGCAAAUAACAGGAUUGGGCUGGCUCCUGCUGUGUGAGUGCUGGGCCUCCUUCAGGGGAGAGCCAGGCACGUGACACAGACAUGAGUGCUCAUGGGGCAUUCCCACCCAGGGGAGCUGACCCCAGCCAUUGGAAGCUCUGCAAAGCCCUGUUCCGGGUAGAGAAUAAAGAUUGCAUUCACAAAGCCACUGAUGCUAAUGGCUGCUCUCUCUGGGUCGACUGAGGUAUGCCGGAGUUAGUGUUGUUUUGGUUUAGUUUUUUGAGAUAGGGUCUCACUGUGUAGCUCAGGCUAGCCCAGAACUCAUUAUUGUAGCCUAAGUAGAUCUUGAACUUUCAGCACUCCUCCUGCCUCAGUCUCCAGAA